AUGCUCUCAACCGCGAACCUCCGCACCGAGAAGACUGUCCCAGGCGCGGGCAGCAACCUGAAACCAGACCUCGUGCUGAUCGAUGAGGAGCACAAAAGUGCUUGCAUUAUAGACAUUUCCUGCCCUUUUGAGAAGAGGUAUGAAGCCCUCCAAGUCUCCAUGAAAACACUUGUUGAAGAGGAAGGACCAAGUCGCCUCGGAAGAGGAGUAAGAUCAGUCGGAAGAAUCGGCCCUCAUGUUUGGAGGUUGUUUGAUGCCUCCGUUCGCCCCAGCACCGUAAGAGAUGAAUGGGAAAAAAUACAUCGAAGGUUCCUGUUGUGUGAAACAUCGCGUGGGCCUGCGAGAGGCAGACUUCCGCAAUGCCCUAGGACUGCCAGUGCCAGUGGCGUGAGGCUUAUAUACGAGCACCCAUUUCAUUGCACGAAAUUUAUUGAGUGCUGGGGGGCACAACGAACAGUAAAAGACUGUCCACCAGGCACGGCAUUUAGCAAAAGAUUGCGUGCUUGUGAUCAUUUCCACAACGUGGACGAAUGCGGAGUCAGUGGCUAUUCAAUCUGCCAGGGCGUCAAAGAUUAUGAGUGUGGAAAAGCCCCAGCCUCGUUUCAUCACGUUCCAAACUCAAACAGAUUGGACAACGAGGCAGCCAAAAACUUCCCCUGGCACGCUGCUAUAUAUCGCAAGGAAAGAGGGAAAUUUCAGCAUGUGUGUGGAGGAGCUCUAAUUCUGCCGAAUUUGGUUCUUACAGCUGCCCACUGCUUUUAUGACAGCAAACCAGUUCCUGAAUUAGAGGGAAGAAUGAGAGAUUACAGAGUGGCUGUUGGCAAAGUGUACAAGGAUUGGAACUACGCGGAGAGAACUGUUCAUCGACGAAAUGUAUCUCAAGUCUGGAAAGGGAAAAAAUAUAUGGGAUCGGAGGCAGGUUGGCAAAGCGACUUUGCACUGGUUAAGCUUGAUUCUCCAGUUGAGUGCGUCACGCCGGUGUGUGUGGACUGGGAUAACCGCUAUCAUUCCUUCGACACUCCAGAGGGAACGCUAGUUGCUUGGGGAGGAAAAGACCGUCCUCGCUUUGGAAGAACCCUCCACCAAACGUCCAUCAAUCCAUUAACACAUAACGCCUCCCUAAAAAUCUGUGGAGCACUAGCGCCUAAAGUAGGAGAAAAGAACUUUUGUGCAAAAGGGACCGACAAAGGUGAGCCACUAAGACAAGGUGAUAGUGGCGAAGUGCUUAUGUUCAUGAUAAACGGACGCAGGUUUGCUCGUGGCAUUGUAUCAAGUGCUUUCAAUGAAGAUAACCUUUGUACAGUGUUCACAGGUGUUAAAAGUUACAUUGAAGAGUUGAAAGAUAUGGUCUCAGAUGUGGAGAACCAAUAAAACGAUUAUAUAACUUUCAAA